CAAGACCGCUUGAUUAAACUUGGCUAACACUUUAGCAUGAAGAACGAGUCAGUUCAUUAAUAGACCAACACACAAAACAUGGUACCAGGAGUAAAUUAUGAAGUAAAAAUAAAAACACAUUAAGUGAGGAGUUGUGACAAGCGACAUGGAUUCAUUAAAGCCACCGGAGACGCUAAAACUUUCGGGAAAUGUCGACAGCAACUGGCGGACCUUCAAGCAGCAGUUCCAGCAGCAGUUCCAGCUUUACAUCACGGCCAUGGGACUGGAAACUAAGCCGGAUGCUAGGAAGGUAGCGCUACUGCUAACUAUAGCAGGCCCACAGGCGAUAGAAGUGUACAAUACUUUUGUGUAUGAAGAGCAGGCUGAUAAAGACAAACUGGAUAAAGUGCUCGAGAAAUGUGAUGCCCACUGCUCUCCCAGAAAGAACGAAACAUACGAGAGAUAUGUAUUCCGUUCACGUGUGCAGCAGCAUGAGCCUUUUGAUAGCUUUCUGACUGACCUGAAGCUAAAAGCACAGUCAUGCAACUUUGCUACGCUGAGGGACUCCAUGAUUCGGGACCAGAUCGUUUUUGGCGUGGAGGAUAAAAAGGUCAGAGAAAGGCUACCAAGGGAAACGGAGCUGACAUGUGAAGCAGCUAUAAAAAUCUGCCAUGCAAGCGAGCUGUCCCAAAUGCACGUCAGGACUUUCAGCGAGAUGGCGGGCGCGGCUAACGUGAGUGAUGGCGCAGCAGUUGGUGCGGUCUCCAGCCAAGGCAAAUGGCGCGCACAGACGCGGCCUACACAGCGGUCAGAAGAAGGAACAUUCAGCUGUAAGCGCUGCGGCUCGAAGCACAAACCACGACAGUGUCCGGCAUUUGGAGUAAGAGAGGAAGCAAUGGGCUGGACUAUGACUCUAAAAGAUGACUUUGGGGUCAUUUCCUGGACACGGCGAGCUGGGAACUGCCUCGGCUUCCUUCUCCUCUUCUCCCUCGUUUCCAUUUCAGUCCAGUCAGACAUUGUGUUUCCUAAGGACCAUCAUUUUUCAUGGAAAGCAGGCCAGUGGGGUCAGUGUAUCGGGGAGCAGUGUGGUUCUGGUGGGGUUCAGUCAAGGACAAUAUGGUGUGUUCACACGGAGGGCUGGACCACCCACCAUACCCACUGCCAGCACAUGGACAAGCCAGAAAGCCAGCGUCACUGCUUUAAGGUCUGCGACUGGCACCAGAACCUGUUUGAGUGGGAGGUGUCAGACUGGGGGGGCUGUGUUCUCGUCCCUUUCUUCUCCAACGAGCUCAAGCUGAGGAUGGCUGAGUGCGUAACGGCGCAGCACGGCAUCCAGAGGCGCAAAGUCCACUGUGUGCGCACUUCAAACCGUACCACAGUCAAUUUGAGGAUAUGUGAGUUCUUUUCCCAGAAGCCACCUGUGGAGCAGGCGUGCCUCAUCCCCUGCCCCCAGGACUGUGUAGUUUCAGACUUUACGUCCUGGUCCAGUUGCAGCAAAACGUGCGGCACAGGCAUGCAGCAUCGGACUCGACAUGUUCUGGCCACGCCAAUGUUCGGAGGGGAAAGCUGCCCCAAUUUGACAGAGACCAGGACUUGUUCUGGUUAUGUUGACUGCCCUGCUGGGGAGGGGGAGUACCAGUACAGCCUUAAAGUAGGGGCCUGGAGCGAGUGCCGACUUCCGUAUCACAAGGACGCCCUGUUGAGUGGCAGGACCACAGUGGACUUCAGCUCCAAUGAGAACAACACAGUCACAUUGCACAUGCAGACCUCCCACCACCACGCCCACCACCACCACCACGAUAACCCCAUGUCAUGGGAGCUGGAGGUGGGAUACCAGACACGACAAGUCCGCUGCACACGGAGCGACGGCAAGAACGCUAUGCUGAGCCUCUGUACCAGGGACAAUGCCCCCUUGACCUUUCAGGCCUGUGUGAUGCCCAAAGACUGUCACACUUCUGAUUGGUCAUCGUGGAGUCCCUGCUCCAAGACCUGCCGCUCCGCCGACCUGUCGCCUGGUUACCGCCUCCGGUCACGCAUCAUGACGCAGAUCCCCGUCCGAGGGGGGGAGCGCUGUCCUGCCCUUGAGGAAAAAGAAGCGUGCAACAUCAUAGGAGAUUUGCUUCCAAACUGCCCGAGGUAUGUGUGGAGGGCCACUGACUGGGACGACUGUCGAAUCCUCCCCUUACUGAGCCAUCAGGACCAGCGGCUGGCCAACAUCUCCAUCCUGUGUGGAAGUGGGAUCCAGACCAGGAAGACCUACUGUGUUCAGGUCCCCGACAACUCAGCACCACAUCACAGGAAGGAGGUGUCCAGGCCUGUGAUUGACAGGCUGUGCGCGGGUGAAGACCCCCCCUCGGCCGUUCAGCAGUGCUCCAUCCCCUGCCAGCCCCUCUGCUUGCUCUCCCAGUGGUCCCCCUGGGGCACCUGCCUACAUGACAACUGCAAAGAACCACAGGGGAAGAAAGGUUUCAGACAGAGGAGGAGAGAGGUAUUGUGGGAGUCCAGCAGUCCUCCGGAGACCUGCCCUUAUUUGGUGGAGUCUAUCCCCUGUGAGGAUCCCGCCUGCUACCUGUGGAAGGUCCAACAGGAAGAAAGAUGUGUCCCCAAUAACAGCUCCUGUGGUGCGGGAUCUGCAGCCCGGAAUGUGACCUGUAUCAGCGCUGAAGGGGAGGAUGUGCCCGUUGCUCACUGUGUAGACGACCACCCCCCCACAGCAGUGUCCUGCGAGGUGGCCUGUCCUGCAGACUGUGUGGUUGGCCCCUGGUCGUCCUGGUUACCCUGCUCACACAGCUGUGCCACCAAGACAGCCGAGGGUCGACAGAGCCGCACUCGCACUGUGCUGGCCAUCCCAGGGAACGAGGGAAGGGGGUGUCCUGCAGCUCCAGCCCUGGAGGAGUGGAGGGUCUGCAACGACCACCCUUGUAUGAUGCUGUAUUGGGAGGCGUCAGCGUGGGGACCCUGUAUUGAGGAUUCCCCCAUGGACCUCAAUGGAACCAGCUUCCUGAACGGGACUCUCACCUGUGCCAUGGGGGUUCAGAUCCGCAAAGUCAGCUGCAUAAAGAAGAACGUUGGACCUGUCACAAGUAAAAGGUGCUCAGAUUCUGCUCGUCCACAAACCGUCCGGCCCUGUUUGCUCCCCUGCAAGACAGACUGCGUUGUUACACCCUUCAGCGAAUGGACGGCCUGCCCAUCAACCUGUAUGCCAGGAAAUGACACUGCUGCUACACAGUCUCGAUACAGGACCAUCAUUCAGAGGUCUGCUAAUGGAGGUCAAGAGUGCCCAGACACACUGUAUGAGGAAAGAGAGUGUGAAUCGCUUCCUGUGUGUCUGGACUAUAGGUGGAGAACACACAAGUGGCACAGCUGCAGUUUGGUUCCAGAGUCUGUUCGCCGUGGAUUAUCUGGACCGGCAGAAGCCUGUGGAAACGGUCUGGAAACAAGAGGAAUCAGUUGUGUAGAGGAGAGCGGUGAGUCGGCCAACAUGACAGACUGCCUGCGAUGGGCCGGCCCCGUCCCCCCCCAGAUCAGAGGGUGCCGGAUAACUUGCAAGGAUGACUGCACUCUAACUGCUUGGUCCAAGUUCUCUGAAUGCGCUGGAUGUGGCAGCUCCCACAGUCGCAAGCGUUCACUCACAGGUCGUAGUAAAAAGAAGGAACAUUGUCUGGAUAAGGACUUGUACCCGCUCGAGCACAGCGAGACGUGUCCCUGUGAUGAGUUUUUGUCACAGCCUUUUGGUAACUGGUCCGCAUGCAUCCUCCCUGACCCCUCGGCCCCGGGCUCCCUGCAGGGCUGGAUGAGCCAGAGAGAGGUGAAGGAGUGCGGCCACGGGCUGCGCUACAGGGCUGUGGCCUGCAUCAACCAGCAGGGACACCUGGUUAACCCCUCACUCUGCACAGACUCAGGCUACAUGGUGGAGGUUUGCCACAUCCCUUGCCCCCUGGACUGUAAGCUCAGCGAUUGGUCAGCCUGGUCCUCCUGCAGUGCUUCCUGUGGCAGCGGGCUGAAGAUCAGGUCCAAGUGGCUCAGGGAGAAAGCUUUCAACGGGGGACGCCCAUGCCCCAAGCUGGAUCUGAAAAAUCAGGCUCAGGUGUACGAGGCUGUGCCGUGCCACCGUGACUGCGGCCAAUAUGAGUGGAGGAUCGAGCACUGGUCCAUUUGUACCAUCAACACUGUGGACGACCUGCCAGCCUGCGGGGAGGGAGUCCAGAGUCGCAAGAUCAGGUGUGUGAGGCAGACUGCAGCAAGUGGGGAGAACAGCACGCUGGAGGACAGUCUGUGUGAUCAGGAGGAAACCCCCCCCACAGCUCAGGUCUGCUUCCUGGCCUGCCCCAACGACUGCGUCAUGGCACCCUGGGGUUCCUGGACCAACUGCCCUGUGCAAUGUGACCAAGGAGCAGCGCGGAACCGGAGCAGACACGUCCUCCGCCUUCCCGCCUCUGAAAGCUCAGCCUGUCCAGAGAUGGUCCAGACCGAGCCCUGCCUCCUCAACAGCAGCUGCUUCUCCUACGACUACAAAACUGAGCACUUGCCAGCUCAGGUGAAAACGGCCAUCUGUGGUCCGGGUUUUCGGUUACGUCUCUGGACUGUAUUCGCAGCGAUGGCAAGAUUGUGGAGCUUGAAGAAGUGCGAGCAGUUGGGUCUGAUCAACAAGUCAAGGCUGAUGGAGAGCUGCGUCGUGGAAUGUCCUGUCAGCUGUUUACUCUCUGAAUGGUCGCCGUGGGCUGAAUGUUCCCACACCUGCGGUAACCAAGGUCAGUCGGUGCGCACCAGGAGAAUCCUGCAGGAGGCUCAUGAGGAGGGUCGGCCGUGUCCAAACCAGGUCACCCAGACUCAACCGUGUCCCAUAAGGCCUUGCUACACGUGGCUGCUUAGUGACUGGUCCACAUGCACUGUGGAGGAUGCAGAGUGUGGUGAGGGGCUUCGGAAAAGGAGCCUGUCAUGUGUGGUCCACCGGGGCAGCUGGCCCGAGUCCCCCCUCCAGCCAGUGGACCAGGAGCUCUGUGGAGAUGAGCUGAGGCAGCGGAUCCAACAGGAGAUGGAGCAGCCCUGCUUCGUGCCCUGCCCAGGAGACUGCCAUUUGACCGUGUGGUCGUCAUGGAGCUCGUGCCAGCUGACCUGCCUGGAGGGACGGAGUUUCGAGACCACCGGGCGCCAAGCUCGCUCUAGAGCCGUGAUCAUUCAGGUCAUGGAGAACCAGGGAAGCUGCCCACUUCAAGUGUUCGAGACCCAGCCCUGUAAAGGGGGGAAAUGCCACAGCUACCAGUGGAGGACGGGAGGAUGGAGCAACAACAAGCGGGCGGUGUGGUGCCAGCGCUCCGAUGGUGUCAAUGUCACAGGGGGUUGUUUCCCGCAGAAAAGGCCCACCACGAUCAGACACUGCCAUCCUCCCUGCACCAAACCCUUCUCACACUGCACACCGAGCGGAGUGUGUGGGUGUGAGAAGGGUUACACUGAAGUGAUGACCACGCACGGCUUCUUGGACUACUGCACCAGGACCCCGGGGGUGGACAACAACAAGAAAGCUGAUGUGAAAACCAACUCUGGAAGAUUAAAGCCGGGGCCCUCUCAGGCCCAGGACCUCUUCGGCGAGUGGACCCUGCGCCCUGUUGGCCCAGAUGGAAGAGUAAAGCUGUGGGUUUACGCCGUGACCGCCGUUGGAUUCUUCUUAAUACUCUUCAUUAUUGCAUUAUCCUUCUUGGUCUGUAAUCCAUCCAAAAGCAGUAAGGCGUCUCUCCCGCCGCAGAAACCCCUGACCCUGGCCUACGAUGGCGACUUGGAUAUGUAACUGUUAUACCUCACAGGGACGUGCUCCACCUCGCACACUCCUGACUGCGUUCAGAUUGUAAGCAAGCACGUCCAUCACAUACUUCUGAUUGUUGGCCGCUUUGAGCCGGGGGGGAUAUUUGCUGUACUGGAAAAAAAGCAGCGGACAGAACGAACCUGAUUUGCUGCUGAAGGGCGAUGUGGCCCAGAACUUUGGCUCCAACCAACCGUACCCCCGGAGGAAGAAGAGGCGAACAUGGGGAAAAAGGAGACAAAAGGUCUCAAGACAUACACAAUGAAUGGACCUCUAGUUUCUUUUUUCUAACUCCUUGCAAUGUGAACAUAAAGUGGUGUCAACCCACAAGUCAUCAGGCCCAUUACUGAGUGGAUCCACAGAUGUUGAUUUUCAAGGUUUUUGUUUUGGCAAGAAUCAAAGGGACCACCUGAUGGGUUGUCUCGUCUAUGUGUCAAGAGGGAGACAAAACAUCUCGAGUGAGCAGUCAUGACAUUCAAAGACGGAAAAACAGAACGUUUGACAUUUGACUUUGUUUCAUCAGUGCCCGAUCUUUGUAAAAGGAAAUGUCACACACCUUUUAGGUAAACAAACAGCCUUUUUUGAAUUCCUGAGAAUAAACACGAUUUUCUAUGCACUACAUUAGUGCUGAUUC